ACAUUAAUACACUCUCUGCAACCUCACAAGAUCACUGAAAGAAACCCUUCCACAAUGCAAAUGAGGAAAAAUCAUCAGAAGAUGAUUAAGAUGUGAAAACAAAGAGAACGUCAUGCGAAAAACAACCCCACACUUUUCCUCUCUUUCUCUCUCUUGGAAGCCCUUGACUCUUGAUAUUAAUAACCUUUCGCUGUCUUCUGUGAUAAAAAAUCUAGGGUAGGUGAGGAGUCUAUGGCUAUAAGAAGAGAUGUUUUGUUUGCCUAGUCCUUUCAUUCUUCUUCACUAAACCAAAAAGAGAGCCAGAAAGCAGAAAGAACAAAGUAGCAACGCAAAAUAUAUCACUUUUUUGUCUCUGACUUGACUUGAGACUUGAGAGUGUGCUACAAUUAUCACUCAUCAUCAAUCAUUCAUAUACAGUCAUAUAUCUAUAUAUAUAUAACUAGUAUUUCAGAUGGCUUCAUCAAAUAGACACUGGCCUAGUAUGUUCAAAUCCAAACCCACCUGCAACACUCAUCAUCACCACCAAUGGCAAUCUCACGACUCCAACAAUCUCCUUUCUUCUCCCUGUCACAGAUCUCCUUACACCUCCGGAUGCGAGGAGAGAAGCCCGGAACCGAAGCCAAGAUGGAACCCAAAACCUGAACAAAUCCGAAUCCUUGAAUCCAUUUUCAACUCCGGAAUGGUGAAUCCUCCGAGGGACGAAAUCAGAAAAAUCCGAGCGCAGCUUCAAGAAUAUGGACAAGUUGGUGAUGCGAACGUCUUUUACUGGUUCCAAAACCGGAAAUCUAGAAGCAAACACAAGAGUCGAAAUCUCCAAAAAACCCAAAACCACCAAUCUUUUCCGGUUUCUGCUGCCACCACAAAGGUGGCAACCACCUCGUCGUCCUCUUCAUCGGAAAAGUCAUCCUCCAAGUCAAUCGAGUUUCUUCUCAACUCCCCUACAGCUUCAGUAAACCAACAGCCACACGCCUACUUUAGCGGUGGAGGGACGGGUUACCACCACCAACACCAUAGUGAAUUCUCGCAAGAACCCUUCUUUUUCACCACAGCUCAACAACCACCACCGCCGCAACCACCUAUCGCCACCACUGCCAGUUUCACACAAGGGUUUUCUUUCUCGGAGUUGGGAAAUGCGAUUAAUCAAGAUCAUCACCAUGGAAAUCUUGAUCAGAAUGUUGGGAGUAGCUCUGGGAUGUUGCUAACUGAUUUAAUGAUGAUGACUCGCCAAAAUGGUAUCUCAAAGAAUAAUACUAACAAAGGUGUUGAAGAAGAGAAAAUGGUGAAAAUGUCAACGUAUAAUUUUACUCAACCUUCAGCUCCUGCUUCCAUUGUAACUCCAAAUCAUCCUCCUCCUACUACUACUACUACAGUUCCAUCAACAGUAAAUGAUAUCCGAGGUUUGGAGGAACCAAGUAAUGGGAAAUCAACGGUGUUCAUCAAUGACGUGGCAUUUGAGGUAGCAUCUGGUCCGUUUAAUGUGAGGGAGGCGUUUGGUGAUGAUGCGGUGUUGAUACACUCUUAUGGACAGCCAGUGGUGACAAACGAGUGGGGGGUAACUCUUCAGUCUCUUCAACAUGGUGCAUUUUAUUACUUGGUGCGCUCAUUCUCGUAUGAUCAAUCAAGCACCAUAGACAUGAUUUAAAAGAAAUGUAGAAAGAGAAGAGAUGGUGAAAGAGUUAUUUUUCUUCUUCAAGUGCUUUGAAAUAGUAGGUGUCUUUGAAUUUCAACUUAUAUCUAGAAAAUAUGUAAGGAGUUGUAAUGUGGUCACUUGUCACUGCAAAAACUAUGUUUAGUUUGCAUUUUAAGCUUUAUAUAAUGUUGGUGUUAUUGUCUUAUAAGGAUAUUUUCUACUUUAAUGUCAUCGUAUACAAGUAAUAAACUAUUUGUUUUAAGAA